GCUUUUCCUUUGUCUUGAGUAUCAGAGCCUCUGUACACUGCUCUGGACUUCAGCUGUAAAGAUUUCAGCAGUGCAGAGUAGUUUUCCUACAACUCUAUUGCACGUGUAAGAUGACAGUGGAUGGUUGGGUUAUGCCAGUGCCACUGUUGUGGCUCAAGGUACAGAGGACCUUGAUCAAAAACUUCAGCCUUCUGUAUAUGGAGCCUGCUGGCAUCCUUCCCUCCAGUGCAGUGUUGUGUGGAGAGGAUGUCCUUUGUUUCAUCUUGUAGAGCUUGGGAGGUCUUGGGAAUUGCUGCAUUCUUCCAGCUGUGUUGUAGGGUUUUAUUCUUUGUUUUUCUUGUUGUCACUGGGUGAGAAGGUUUUUUACCUGGAGAAAUUUGGGAGUUCCAGUGUUCUGGUCUUCCAAAAUAAUUUCUGCAAGUAGAUUGAUGUUUCUACAAUAACCCGUGCCUGUUUUAAUGCUCUGAGAUAUGCCAGAAAGUGUUGUACAGGGCCAUAUUUCCCUUGCUUUAACCUGGCCAGCACGGUUUUGGAUCUUGGCCCACUACUUCCACCUGUGUCAUGACAUGCUUAAAAAAAUGGGCAUCCUCCUCCUUGUGGUGGAUGCUGAGUUUAACUAUAAGCAUUACUGCUCCACUGAGGAGCAAGAAGACGUUUUUCAGACAAAUUGCGUGGCCAAAUGGAUUUAGUGAAAGACUACUUAAUGUCUUCAGCCCGCCGUGUCUUUCAGGGUGUUUUACAUCAAUUUGUAGCAACAGCAGAAAGAAUCAAUUGUGUACAGAUGGAAAGCCAAAGCCCAGUGCACAGUGUUCAGUCUGUGCAGAGUGCCUCUGCGCUUGGUGGAGAUACAGGAAGAAUGUUAACAGUUCUGGUCCAAAAUUCAACAGUGCCAUCAGAGGGAAGAUUGGUCUGCCUCACAGCAUCAAAUUAAGCAGACGUCGCUCUAGAAGCAAAAGUCCUUUCAGAAAAGACAAAAGCCCUGUUAGAGAACCUAUUGAUAAUCUUACCCCUGAAGAGAGGGAUGCUCGAACAGUGUUCUGCAUGCAGUUGGCUGCAAGAAUUCGACCAAGAGACCUGGAAGAAUUUUUCUCUACAGUAGGGAAGGUUCGUGAUGUGCGAAUGAUUUCAGAUAGAAAUUCCAGACGUUCCAAGGGGAUCGCUUAUGUUGAAUUUGUUGAUGUUAGUUCAGUGCCCCUGGCAAUAGGACUGACUGGACAGAGAGUCCUGGGUGUACCUAUCAUAGUACAGGCAUCACAGGCAGAGAAAAACAGAGCAGCAGCAAUGGCAAAUAAUCUGCAGAAGGGCAGUGCUGGUCCUAUGAGGCUCUAUGUGGGAUCAUUACACUUCAAUAUAACUGAAGAUAUGCUUCGAGGAAUCUUCGAGCCAUUUGGCAGGAUUGAAAGUAUUCAGCUCAUGAUGGACAGUGAAACUGGACGCUCAAAAGGAUAUGGAUUCAUUACGUUCUCAGACUCUGAGUGUGCCAAAAAGGCCCUGGAACAACUCAAUGGAUUUGAGCUGGCUGGGAGACCAAUGAAAGUUGGACAUGUAACUGAGCGUACUGAUGCUUCCAGUGCUAGCUCAUUUUUGGACAGCGAUGAGUUGGAACGAACUGGAAUUGAUUUGGGAACAACUGGUCGGCUUCAGUUGAUGGCAAGACUUGCAGAAGGUACUGGUUUGCAGAUUCCUCCAGCUGCACAGCAGGCUCUGCAGAUGAGUGGAUCUUUGGCCUUUGGAGCUGUGACAGAUUUACAAACGAGACUGUCCCAGCAGAAUGAAGUUCUGGCUGCAGCUGCUUCUGUACAACCACUUGCAACACAGUGCUUCCAGCUUUCCAACAUGUUUAAUCCUCAAACUGAAGAAGAAGCUGGCUGGGACACAGAAAUUAAAGAUGAUGUGAUUGAGGAAUGUAACAAACAUGGAGGAGUUAUCCACAUUUAUGUUGACAAAAACUCAGCUCAGGGCAAUGUGUAUGUGAAAUGUCCCUCCAUUGCUGCUGCCAUCGCGGCUGUCAAUGCUUUGCAUGGGAGGUGGUUUGCAGGUAAAAUGAUUACAGCAGCGUAUGUACCUCUUCCAACAUACCACAGCCUUUUCCCAGACUCUAUGACUGCAACCCAACUACUGGUUCCUGUUCGACGAUGAAGAUUAAUUUAGUCAGUUUUGUACAUAGGUAUUUUUUGGAGGAAGAUUGAGUUAUCUUUUAUUUAGAUAAAACUAAAGGAAAGGAUUUAAUGUCAUUUUGUGUACACUUCCUGCUAUCUUUAAAAAUAAAAUGAAGUAAGCAGAAA